AUGAAGGCUCGCUCAAAUUUGGUUCACAUUUUCCUAUCAUUUCUUGGAUUGCAGCGUUCGGUCCAAGUAUUCAUGAUGAGCUGCACAUGCCGCGCCACGCCUUUGAAAAUCUUUGUGCAGGGCCUGUCUCAAGUACAUAAAGUCGAAUCCUCUCCUUCCCUUCUUCGCCUGCCAAUUCGCACCCAGGCGGCUCGAUCGGCACUGUAUCAGAACAAUUUUGCCUUUGCGCGACAGGCUCGAUCUCUACACUUCUCAACGCAUCUUAACCAAGAUGCUUCUGGUGAAGCUUCAAAAGAUACGGAGCCGCUUGUCGAUAUAAAACCAGCCAAUGAGACGUCUUCAGCUAAAGACGACAACCCUCUCGAUCUACCCGAAACUCCAGACACUUCGACACCAUGGAAAGCACAGCCAGGCACAAAUGACGUAGUACGGAAGCGAAGAGAGAAGCCUUUGAAGCCUGGCGAUGACGGAGGCUUCAAAGGAGUUUUCAACGAACGGGUCAAGGGCCCCCCUCCAGGAACACCGCAAGUCAAAGAGAAUUUCUGGAAGAACCAAAAAGCAGCUCUGAAAGAGAAGUUCCCCGAAGGCUGGCGUCCUCGAAAGCGACUUUCUCCUGAUGCUCUGGCUGGAAUUCGUGCCCUCAACGCUCAGUUUCCCGAAGUCUACACAACCGCUGCCCUUGCGCAAAAGUUCGAAGUAUCGCCCGAGGCCAUCCGUCGUAUUCUGAGGAGCAAGUGGCAGGCCAGUCCCGAGGAGGAGGAAAGCCGAGAGGAGCGCUGGUUCCGUCGUGGAAAGAAUGUCUGGGAGCAGAAGGCCGCGCUUGGUAUCAAGCCGCCGCAGAAAUGGCGACGUGAGGGUGUCACGCGAGACCCUACGUAUCACGUCUGGAGAAAGGAUGCGGUUCAGCGAAACCGUGACUGGGAGGAGGGUGAUGGCCAAGAGACUAAGGGUUCUUAUGCUCCCCGGAAGGGUACCUAUGCUCCCAGAAAGGGCGCGUACACUCCUCGGGAUGGCACAUACACUCCUCGCAAGAGCACAUAUUCUUCUCAAAAGGGUACCUAUACCCCGCGAUCUGGAAGGGAUGGAUCUUAA